AGACAGACCGGUAAUACACAGGCUACAUAUAUAUUUCUCCAAGCAUUUAAAUGAAUAACGCAGAGAGCGUGUGGUUCACUGUAGCGCGAGGGGGCGGAGUCUGACUCGAGCGCGUGACGUCAUCACUUCCUGCUCGCGCAGGUAUCUCAGUAUCGGACACACCUCACCUGAAGCUCCGGAUCUGACCGCCGCGGCUUUACUCGAAACAACGUCUCAUUUCCAUCGAAACCCUGCUUGAAACGACGUUUUAUCUCUGUCUGACGAGGAGUCACUCCGUCUCGGAGCUGUUUCAGUAGAUUGGUUUUGAAUAGUUUAUACAGGCUUCUGUUCAUUUGGAGAAUGUCUCCAUCUCGGCUCUGGUUCUUCUGGACCGCGGUCGUUCUUCACAUCUGUCUCCGUGUGGCUCCAUCAGAGGCUCAGGAUGAAGGGAAAUGCAUGGAUAAGUUCAGUCUUGGCAAAGAGGAUUUUGUGUUGGACACAGGUGAAUCUGUGAAGGAAGGGGCCACGUUCCUGUCUUCUCCUCCAGUGUCUCGGCCUGAAGAAUGUAUUCUGGCCUGUUGUCGUGAUCCAAACUGUAAUGUGGCUCUGAUAGAACAUGGAGGAAAUACCAAAAGCAUCAGCACGUGCUUUAAAUUCAACUGUUUGUACAAACAGAGGAAAGUCUGCCGCUUUGUGAGGAAGAAUGGCUUCAGCAACUACCUUCUGAUAUCAGUUUUUAAAGAUUACCUUGAGGAAAAACCUUCAGAUGUGGAGGACAAACCUCCAGUCGCAGUGACCGGGCAAGACCGAGUGGUUCAACCCAAAGAAGAUGUGAUUCUGAACGGCAUUGAGAGCAAAGAUGAUAAAAAGAUAGUAAAAUAUGAGUGGGUACAGGUGUCUGGAGACCCAUCGGCUGUUAUUAAUAAAGGGCAGUUUGAGGAUUCAGUGACUGUCUCCAAUCUUUCUCCGGGGAUGUAUAGAUUUAAACUCACGGUCACAGAUGACGCUAAUCAGACGGGAUCUGCCGAGGUGGCAGUUUUGGUCCUGACGCCAGAACAGUCACUCCAUCACUGUCUAGUGCCAAAGAAAGAGGGUCCGUGUCGAGGCUCUUUCCCACGCUGGCACUAUAACGCCGCCACUGAGAAAUGUGAGCAGUUCAAAUUUGGAGGCUGCAAACCAAACCGCAACAACUACCUGGCGCUCAACGAAUGCCAGAACGCUUGCGACAAAGUUUCAGUUUUAGAUCCGCCGCCGUCUGGAAGAUUAGGUCCGAUCCAUGAUCAUAGUGAGCGGUGUGACGAGGCUUGCGGUCCGGAUCAUUUCUCAUGCUCAAAUAAAUGCUGCAUCGGGAAAGAUUUGGAGUGUGAUGGGGAACAGCAGUGCAGCGAUGGUUCGGACGAGGCUGAAUGCUCCAAACUGGACCGUAAGUUCGGUCGAUUGCUGGAUAUUAAUGUGGAUAAAAGCAAAGUUCAUUGCGUGGAGCCGCCGCUAACAGGCCCCUGUCGCGCGAGCUUCACUAACUGGUACUUCAAUCCGUACAAGCAGGUCUGUGAUCGCUUCAACUACGGCGGCUGUGAUGGAAAUGAAAACCGCUUUGAAACGGAGGAGAAGUGCAUGGAGUCGUGCACUGGAGUGACCGAGACUGAUGUGUUUGCCAGACGAGCUCACUUUGAGAAACUAGAGGGCAACAAUGAAUCAGUGAUCAUUGGCAUCGCCAUCGUUCUGGGCAUCGCCAUCGCCGUCCUGCUGGUCGCGAUCACAUUUUAUCUUCUGAAGGGAAAGAAGAAGCACAGGAACAAAUAUCAGCACACAGCUGUCAACGGUGGUCACGUUCACACCUACGAGGAUUCAGAGAAACUCGUCUACAACAGCACAACCAAACCCUACUGAGCAUAUUUAACAGGACAUCUAACCAAACUACUGCUGCGAGAUCUGGAAUCAAUCUGUAAAUGCAAUAAUUAUGUGGUUUCUUCACUUGUUUUGAGUAGACGGGCUGUAAACUGCUGAAAGUUCGUUUGAUUUGCUUGUUCUGAGUUUGAAACAAGCGUCAGCAUUUUCACUUCUCUUAUUUCUGUCCUUUGCUUUAUAUAUUAGCUUCUUGGAUUUCACUCAGGGGUAAAUAUGUGUUGAAAUAGCAUAUAAUAAUCACGUUUUAAUGACCACAAAAGACGAAAUCAUGAUUUUUGAGCCAUGUACUUUUAUUUUGCAAUUCAGCUGUUUGAAGACUGGAUUGUUUUAUGUUAUUAAAUGCUGCCUCGUCAGUUCAUCUUAAAGCAGUGCAUUACGGAUUACUUUCCUAUCUUAGUUUCUUUGAGAUCUGAUUUAUGGCUCGGUGUUUUAAUGUGUAAACUCUUGUUUUGGAUUUCUAUUAUCUACAUUAGGAGUUUUAUUUUAGUUUUUAAGUGUUCUUUUUAUUAUUAUAUUUUUUGUUUUAGCAAACUGAAUUUAUGAAACCAAAAAUGACAUUUAUGUUGAAAAAUCAUACCCUACGAUGCAAAUUUGUACAUAGACUUUUUUUAAUGUGCAUCAAAAACUUACCUAAUGACUUGACUUAAUGUCUAAACUAUUAAUCUCGGAAAGUCUCAAUAAAAAUAAUAUGUACAGAC